GGGGGUGAGAGGCGUCUGCUGGUGCUCCUGAACGAUGCCAUGGAUAUAUUACUCCAUACAUUGUAACUACACUUAACUACACUCUGUUAACACACACAUACAGUUAAUGGCUUAACACAAGUGGCCUCUGCUCUGCCUACUAGUUUAUGAUGGAGACUCAAGACAACAAAAUCUUGUCAUCGGCACAGGAAUGUGAGAGUGCAGGUUCAACUUGUGAUUCGGGAGGUGAGGGAGGUUCAGCAGAGUGCCUAUUGCAGGAGACUUCUGUUAUACCAACUGUAUUGACACCAGGUAUUACUCCAAAUGCUACCCCAGCUAUGACGCCCUCACAGUCUCAGCACACAGCUUCCACAACUGAUUUAGAUAAAAAUACUCCCAGCAUUGAUAACCUUUUACAGCAAGAGAGCACUGGCAGCUCUAGCAGCAUUGAGGCCAUUGGUGGAAGUGUCAAAGCAAGACUUUUGCCAGGUGAAACAAACUCCAGAGCAAGCAUGAACAAUUUGUUGGAGACUAGCAGCACUGCCUCUGACAGUAUUCACCGUAACAGUGCCAUAUUUGUAGACGAUGCUUCCAUGAGUGACUCUGUAGACCGACAGAGGAUUAACCAAGGAGAUGACGAUAUUGACAGGAUAUCAGUUGCUGGAGAAGGGAGCAUUAAGGCAGUUGGUGACAUUGAUGAGUCCGGAGAUGAGCAGUCAGCCUUGAAACCUGAUGGGAGUGAGGAAACAGGGCCCGAUGGUGGGGGUACAAAUAGUGAUGGUGGGGGGAGUGGGGGCCAGGUGGUGUUCAGUGAGGAGCUGCCAGAAGGUUUGGACUCGUAUGUCACCCUCACUGGCACCAUCAAGCGCGGCAAGAAGAAAGGACACAGUAUUGAUGUUAAGGUGAAUCUGUCCCGAGAAGAACUGGAUGACCUGGAAGCAUCGAUCACACAAACAUUAGGGCCUGAUAAACCCAAGCCCAGGUGCUCGUCCCGUUACGGGCCACACAUCACGCUUCUCUCCCUCCUCUGCUUCCCAUUUGUCUUCCUGGUGUCGGGAGCUUAUUCGUUCUACCUAGGGACCCUUACUUGGUAUAGCAUCUUGACAAGGGUGACAGAGGCUCGCUGCCUCCCCAGGAUAACAUUACCACCAUUGCUCAUUCUGCUCUACCCAUUCCUUAUCAUCAUCUUCACCGUUGGUCUAGGAAUAUAUGGAGCUUUUGUUCAGAUAUCACUUUCUUUUGACUCAUGGUGGGCUGAGGUGAGUGACCCAGAGAAGGGAUUUUAUGGGUGGCUGUGCUCUCUGCUUCACGUGGAGGAGUGUGCUCCAUAUGAGACUGUUGUCUUAAUGACUGAACCUCUCGGUAGCAAGGUUCAGGACUGCACAGUUUAAGGCAUGUACCAUUAAUCUUUAAGUUAAAAGUCCUACCUUACCUAACAUGUAACAUAAUUUUAGGUAAGUUAUAUUUGGUAAGGACUCUGUCGUAAGAACUCUGUAAAAAUUUUCUCGAUAUCAAUAAGUUUCAAGUUUUUUUGGGGUAGAAUAAAACAGAACUACUGAAAUUGAAGACAUUUGAAUGUAUUGAAACAAUUGAUAGCAAAUCAAUUUUAGAUUUUUUAUUAGAAUAUCUAGUUUCAUUUGGCUCACAAGCUGUGUGUAUUAAUCCAAAAUACAUACAAAUAGUUUUUUUAAUGGAUUUUUAUAAUGUGUUAGUUGUCGUCACUUGGAUCUCACAUAAUAGUGAAGCUCUUGAUUUGACUGAAUGAAGAACUGUUUCAAGUCUUAUCUUGUUUCAGGCAUCAUUUAAAAAGAUGUGUACCUGUACUUCACAAUCACCUGAGGCAACUAAUGAAUUUAAUUUCUUUUCCUAUUUCUGCUACCGAUCCAUGUUUAAUUCCUAGUUUAUUAUUGUGAGGGAGCCAGAAAGGCAUACCAUAACCUUAUUAGAAAUAACUAUUUUUGGUAGCAGACACAAAGAAAAUAGACCUCUCUUAUCCAAUUCUGACCUUACUAUUGAUCUUGGCACAUGUGUACUGUGGUCAGAUCUCAUUUGUUCAUGUGAAAUAUAUUUAUUUUUACAAAGACUAAACCUGUCUGGUUCUAGCAAAAUAUAUUGAGAGCCUGACAUUGGUCCAUAAGCACUUCAUGUUUUUUACAUUUGAAAUUUUAUUAUUCCGUUUGAUGCACAAAAUUAAUGUUUUUUGUGGAUAAUUUAAGAAGGAAAGGUGUCCUAUUGCUCAAUCUUUAGAUUAUACUGAUUUAUAAUUUGUUAGUUUUAUUUGUUAUGUGAAACCAGUGCAUUCCUUCAUGUAAGUUUUUUACGUUUACUUGACCAAUAUUUUCAAACUCAGAGAAAUAUACUUUCUGUCAUUCCAUGGUUAUUGUGAUAUAAUAUGUAAGUGAAAAUAUUAGAUAUUUUGUUUUAAGUUGCCGAGAAGUUUUUUAAGGUCCUUGAUGAUUUAACUGAUAUUUACAAUUCUCCUCAGUUGUUCCCCUAGAAGCCAGUGUUGUAGAAGAUAAUGUGUUAGAUAUUAUAAUCACUAAUUUUCCUUGGAAAUUUGUAAACCAUAAAAAGAUGUUUAUUGAUGUGGGAUAAAAAGUGAUGUACAUGAAUAUAUUAUGUAUUAUACCUGUGAGGGGAGUUGUGUUUACAUAGUGCAGGUAAGAACAUAUAAGAGGAAUAUUGAUAGUUCAUGGAAGGAUGACAGUUGUAUUGGUGCAAGCUUUAUUUUUUAAUGGCCAUCUGAUAAUAGGUAGAUGUAUUGUGGUAUGACAAUGUCCACCAUCUUCUGCCUGCUAACCUUUUCAUGCAUUGACUUUGGUUUGAUAAAUUCUUUUGAAAUUUUAGAGUUUGCUAAUCACUAGAAAAUACAAGUCAAGUUCUAGCUUUACGGUGCCAGGGUGAUACUGUACCCCAAGAAUUACAAAGAAUCUUCAUGUCCUUUGUUUGUGGUUUCGUUGUGGACAAACUGUAGGAUUAUUAUGUUUUUUGUGGCAGAACGAAUUUAUGUUCCUUUAUUUUUUCAACUUUUCUCAGAAUAUGAUUGUUUUCACAUAAAUAUGCUUAACAAAUUUACAUACACCUGUACAGUACUGUAUUGAAACUUACAGCUUGUGGUUUAAAUUUUAUUGUUGAGAGUCAUAUCAUAGUGGACUAGGAGAGAGAAAAAGCAUCAUGAGUGUGUAGGGAAAAAAUCUGUGCUUUGAUUAUGGUACUUCUCACAGAUGGAUGAUUAAUUUACAAUUACUAGAGGUAAUCCAGUUCAAUAUUUUAGGGUGCUGACUGUUCUCAUUUAUUAGGGUUCAGUCCAACCUGCUAAGAUGUUUACAGUAACAAUUAUAUAUGCCCAAAACUUAGGUUAUAACUUACAAUGACUUCAGAUAAGAGAAAAAUGUAUGAUGAAUUUAGUUUUUUGUAGGUAGUGUUGUACAGAAUAAUUUACAGUGCUUCAUAGACAGUACUACUUUGUUCCUUCAUAUUAUUAGAUUUAUGAACAUUGGCUUUUUUGGGGGGAUGAUGUUACUUGGUACAGACUUAUAUAUUAUCUAAUAUAUGCAGGAAAAAGGCUGCCAUAUCUCACCACAUGUUAUUAUAUGUCCCCCCCUCCCUCCCUCCCCCGCCGCACACAUCUACUUAUGUACGCACUCUCCCUCUUUAUAUACUGUAUAUGUAGUAUAUAAAUUCAAUACAUUUAUCAAUAAUAACUGGAGAUAGAAAUUAUGAAAUUAUAAUACUGUCUAAGUAUUUAAUCCUCAUACCUUAGCCACAUGUUACCCAGUCAUUGCUCCACUGAUGCCAUGCCAUUUUGUGAUGUGUAACAGUAAUAUCACAAUUUAAAAAGUGUAUAAUUGGAUUCUGAAAAUAUGGUUGUGCACAUUUUGAUUCUUUUGGCAAUUUUUAUUAUUUUUUAAUUGUUAUUAAUAUUGAACUUGAAACCAAUGGAAGUUGCUUGGUUGAGAAGGGCAGCAUUUCCAUUACUCUGUACUUAAAUUUAAUAUCUCUUAUAUCAGAUACUGGCAAAGCAUCCUGACAAUAUAUGCUGCUCUGUUGAAGGUGUUUAUAAGUACAGUACAGUACAUUGUAUUUCUGUUUGGUAUUGGGGCAUGUGGCCAAGUAACUGUUGUCAUGACAUUCUGUAUCAGAAGAACCAGAAGACUCCCAUAGUGUGAAGGUAAAGUGAAAUUACAUCACAGUGUUUGAGAGUCAUUCAUCACUGUACUGCAGAUUUUACACUUAUUUAAAACAAUUUCAACCUUUUGGGUGAUGCAUUGUAAGUAUCUUUUUAUUUUUUGAGAAGAAAGUUCAUAGUAAGAGACAGUAAAGUGUUUAUAACAGUACGGUAUACAGUAGUGAUAUUUCUUGUAUGGCAAGUAUUUGGCUGCUAAACCUCUGCUCCUUACAAAUGAAGUGUAAUACACCUUUUCCUCUAUAUUCUGUUCGUACAUGUGUCCGUGUGUCCGUCCAUUUAUCUGUCCAUCUCAUUAGAACUCUUUUUUUUUUUAGAGAUUUCAUAGUGUCACAUUAAUACAGUAUAUGAAUACAUAGAAACUGGUCUGCUUGUUUAGUGUACUCUAGUAUAUUUUUUCUUUUUUCUGUAUCAUCAUCCAUACAGACGUCCAAAGUAUGAUGCUGCUAGGACUCUUUUUAGCUGUUUAGAAUAAGUCAGUGAGGAGGAAUAGAGAUUGAUAUUUAAAUUAUAGGUUUUUGUUUUAGAGAAUACUGCACCAAAGUUAUUCCCUGGAAAUGUAUCAAGUGUAGGGAAUUUUGUUUUUCAAUUCAGAAAUUCAACUCACCUGAAUGAUUAUGAAUUUCGUGAAUGACCCGUGAUCUAUAGACAAUUGCUGGGUAUGGUUGUUUCUGUAUGCUGAGGAAAAAUGGCUUCAGUGCCUGGCAUCAAUUAUACAUAUCCUUAGGGAGGCCCAACCUGGGUAAGGCUCCCAUAUGGCAAGAAACUCUACCCUUCACUUACUUGACUUUCACACAUACAGGUAUUCCUAAUUGCCGUCUUGCUAAAUUAUAAAAAAAAAAAAAGUUUUUAAAUUGUUUUGAAUUAAGUUUUAUGCUGCACAUUAUUGAGUAAUGAAUGUUAUCAGGGUCCAUGAAUAUUUGUGGUGUACGAGGCCCACCACCUAUAGAACACCUCUACUGUAGACCCUCCAUUGCCUGGGUGCUUAAGUAUUGAGUUGGAAUCGGUGAAGAUCUUGUGUAAAGAGAUAUUGUGGGGGAUUUGUUAGAUUAGGUUGAGUUAGGUUAAGUCAGGUUAGGUUAGGGUCAGUGUAUGGUAAUAUGUAGUGUGAACAAAGUGAGGGAUGUGAGGAGCAGGGGUACUAGUGAGUCAUAAGCUUGCAAUACUUGAUGUUGGUUGAGUGGGUAACUUAUUAACACUGAUUUAGUUUAUUAUGAACAUUAUCAAAAGGGGGUAACAGCAUACACACACUACAGGAAUGUCUUGUCUUUGUCUCCUGAGAAGGUCAUGGUCUUCUUUAGUCUCAUUUGAAAAAUACAUUCAGGGGGUGUUUAAAAUUUUUUGCCCUCUUAGUCUUGAUUUUUUAAUAUACUGUAUAUCCAUAUAUAUAGAUCAUAUAUAAGAACACAUCUGUUAUGCCAGUAAAUGAUUGACAGCAGUUAAAGGGAGACUCUCCAUCUCUUGACUCUUAACUACAAGCACUCUGCAUUAAAACCAAAAAUGGCUUGAAAGAGGGAGAACAAAAAUUUAGGCAUACAUUAAUUUUUUUUCUUUUAUGGGUUUACUUACUGCUUAUUUAGAACAGGAUCACUUGAAGAUUAGACUCCCCCGUUUUUUUCACCCGAUGAUUGAACACCCUAAUGCUAACCUAACCUCGGGUAACAUUAGGGUGUUUUAUCAUCAGAUAAAAUAAGCUGUGGUGUCUAAUCUUCAAGUGGUCCGUAAAAUGUCCUGUUUUAUGUUGUCUCGAGUAUUUUUAAGUUAAUUGAUAUUCGGUGGCCAUUAGAAAUUUAUAUCUGUACAUGCUGACACACUAGAGGUCUUGGUACUGUGUAUUGACCCAAGCUACCAGAGGAAUAUGGAGUUGCACUGUUUUAGGCAUUUUGGUGUUGAAAAAUGGUGCUAGAUAUUAAGGUCAGUGAUCUUCAGGAUACAGAAUGGAUCAGGUGUAAGUCACUCCCCUUACUGAAAUAACUUAAGUCAUCGGUACUUCAUGAUACAUUAUGUACAUUAUCUAGGCUAUAAUAAUCAGUGCCAAAGUUUAGUCCUAAUUGUUGUUGAUAACUAAAAUGACCAAAAGUAUUUCAAAUUUAAUUACUUUUAAAUAUAUGGUUAAAAUAUUUCUGUAUGAGGUACAAUACAACACAGUACGGUACAACACAGUACAGUACAGUACAAUACACUACAGUACAGUACAGUACAACUCAUACAGUACAACACAGUACAGUACAGGGUUUAGGGGCUGUUGUAAUGGCUUUGAAACUUGACCUUUUUUGAGUCUGGAAAAUCAUUGACAUUACUAUAACUUCAUUUUAUAUUAAUUGCAGUUAGCUGCAGUGUCAAGCUUUUCUCAAUGCACUGUAUAGAAAAUAUAUUAUGUUAAUCAUAUAUGGCAGGUGCGUGUUGUAAUGGAUGGUGCAUAUUGGUGCAUAUUGUACAGUAUAAGAAAACAAACAAUAACCUGUAAACACCAUUUUGAGUUGUUUGUGUUCAUCUAAAAGCUACAGAAAAGAAAAUGAAAAUUUUAGUGUUGUAUGUAUAAUAACCCUAUAUAAUACUGGAAUUAGGAGAGCUUCAGCUCUUUGAUGAUGCUUCCUGUGGAUCCCCAAACUACUCUGGCAGUGGUUACUCAGGGUGGGUGACACAUACUAAAUCGUGUGUCAUAAACUGCAUUUGCUGUACAGCCAAUUCACCGACUGCCAGUUUGAGGCAAACUAGGCAGUGCAACUGAAAUAUCCUUGUACAGUACCUGCCUUGAAUCCACUACUGGUAAGACACCAGCCCUGGUAUAGGUGAUAACCAUUCAACUACCAUCUGCUCAAAAGUUACAUCUAACUUGUGGGCUAACAAGUUGCUAGUGCUUGGCUUGUUGAUAUUUCAGUUGUAUUAAUAUACUGUAUGUGAACUUUGCGUAUCUAUUUGUAACUAGGUAAUCCUGGAGUAGAAUUUAACCUGGUAUAUCAGUCUCCCAGUCUUCUUUUUAUGAAACUAUUCAAGCUGCCAAGUUAUGUAGUAGUAACUUUUAACUAUGUACAGUAUGUAAUUACUCAUAGUCUCAUGAUGUCUUGUAGGAUAAACAUCUGGCACCAUUAUUUCUUGGUUUUAUCAUAGCCUUUACAGGGAUUCAUGGUAUUAGAAUUUUUAGGCAUUGUUAACUUGGCUGAAUUUUAAGGCAAUAUCUGUCCACUAUUUUACAGAGGUAUUUAAAGUUGUACAUGAUUAGGGACAGAAGGCUAUGAUCUGUCUUUAGAAUUUAAUGGCUGCCAUGGCACUUGUAGCCCACUGAUUGAUUGUGAUGCUCCUCAUAAAGAAAGUGUCCUCAUGGCCAUUGUGCUGUGCUCCUUUUCUGUUUCAACUGUCAGGCCCUUGUAAUGAUUUUCCAGUCCCAGUGGUGUAGAUAAAUAACACAGAUAUAACCUUAAGACGUAGAGGAUGUACCGUCACUCAAAAACUAUCUAUACAAAAUUGUGUUGAAAAAAUAUGACUUGACGGAUGAUUGAAUUUUGACAACCCUACCCAAGUACAGAUGGUCUUUGGAGUGAUUGUACAUCAACAAUUGAAUAAUUUCUUCAUAGGCAUCAUCUCAUUUUUCUUUUUUUUAUCCAAGCAAUGUUUUGUAUGUCAUGGAAGGUUGCAGUUCAGAUGGAUCCUAGUCUGACCUAACCAUUGGGUUUGUGUCCUUUAGGACUGGGGUCCAUUAGGAGUAGGGCCCAUUAUGGCUAGGUUCCAUUAGGGCUGAGGUCCAGUUGGAAUAGCUAAGAUUGGUUAGGGCUUAUUGGGACUGAGGCACAUUUUAUCGGUCACUAUGAAUAUGAUGGAUUUAUAAGAUGGACAGUAUUAAUGAUCACUUACUUUAAUGUGAGAGCAUCACUGAGCUGAAGACGUGAUGAUUAUAUUAACAUCAGUGUCAGUGUGGACAUUGAUAAUCAUACUGUACUGAUUUUGAGCUCUCUGGUGUGAGUGAUUAUUGAUCUAACUUUUGACAUCAUCCAACUUGAUUUAUCAGUGCCAGAGUCAUCAUAUUUUAUGUAUAACACCAGUGGCAGAUCCAGUAUGUUUCAAUAGUCAAAGAUUGACCACACUGUCAACACAAAAUCUCCUGAUUGUAUUUUUGUAGGAGUCUACUGUAGCUAGCAAGAAAUGAUAACUGUGUGUUUCAUUAAAGUAGUUGAUCAGGUGGAAGUAGUACUUGAAAUUGCUGUUAAUAAGAAGCAAAUUCAGACAGUUUUUAUCAUAUUAAGUGUCCCUCUGUUGUACACACACAUUGGGAGAGAGAGCUGGAUCUGCCACUGUACAUUUCAAGUAACUAGGAAGCCUUAUGAAUUUCUAGUUGUCAGGUAGCCUCAGAUUAUGCCUUCUUGAGACACCCACCAAGGGGAACAAAGUAGAUCUUCCAGCACAGUAAUGUUAAUGUUGAAAUUACAUUAACUAGUAAAUUCCCCUUAGUAAUUUUGUAUGAACUUCCCAAGAGGUUUCUGCUUGUGUGUAUGACUGAUAUGUUUAAUUGCCUCAACAGGCUUUAUGAAUACCAACCCUGACUGACUGACUGACUGAAGGAUCUUUUUGAGCAGCUGACACUGCUUAUGAUCGAUUCUAGGCCAUUAUACAGUAUAGUAAACAUUUACUAAAUAUUCAGCAUUUAGAAAAAUAAGAUGGAUCAGUCAUAACUCUAGUAUGCUGUUGAACUUUUGUAGCACAGAGGCAGGAGGAAAUAUUGAUAUAGUUAUCCCAUAUUGCAGUUGAGAUUAUUCUGUCAUUAUUAGACCUUGAAGACAAACUGUUUUUUGCUCCUGUGCUUUCAUCAGAAAUAAAUCUGGUGAUACUGAACACGGCAAUCUAAUUUUAUUUAUUUUUUUAAUAGAAAACUGCGCACAAUUCUCAGUGACUCAUGAAUUUAAAGGAAACAAAGAGUACAUAUAAAAUAACUACUGUUUACCUGUACUAUAGUUUAGGAAAUGUAUUGUAAACAAAAAUAUGAAACUUUCAGCAGAGAAAGUACGAUUUAGGCCUUGUUUUUCUGAUAUACCGUAAGUGUUAAGUAAAUUUCUGUAGUAAUCAAGAAAAUAUGUAUGUGAGAAGUAGUACAAAUGUGAAUGACUAGUCAGAAGUAUUUGGUACCCUUUUAAUGCAUUGUUUUGUAAUGGACCACUUCUGCUUAACAUACUCAUUUACAUUAUAUAAAUAGGUAGCUACUGUCAUGUCACAAGUAAUUCACUAAGGGUAAUGUUCCUGCAUACAUGAUAAGAUAAUGGUUGAAUGCAUUUUUUAUAACAUCAAGUUGUUUAAUUAGGUUACUUUUUCACCUUUGAAGAAGUUUUACCCGUCUAGAUGGCCUUAAAUAACAGACAGGCUUUGCAGAUCUAAGCAUACUACAACAGGUAACACUGCCAAUGUAAGUAACGUGUAUCCCUUCAAAGAGCUUCUGGGUGAUCACUGUACAGUAUCAUCGUAUACCACAUUACCCAUCAACUAUGUAGGGUCUUAUAGGUAUCAGUCUUAAAAUGCUCGAUCCUAACCUAACCCAACCAUUAGGAUUUGGGCUAUUAGUACUGGGGCCUAUUAGUAAUGGAGCCUAUUAGGACUGGGGUCUAUUAGGACUGGGAUCUAUUAGAACUGGAGACCCAUUUGAGCAGUCACCAUUAAUAAAGACCUACCAAGUAUACUUAUGUGAGUACAGUAUGUGUCUGUAACAACAUCAGAAUCCAGUACUCUUUUUAUAGAGGUUUAGACAAAGCUUGUGUAGGAAUUCUCCCUCAGUUCUUGUAAAACAUGUUAACUGUACAGUACAGUACAGCGAAGUAUACCAUUUUUUGUUUUUGUUUUAUACCUGUGCCCCUAUGCAGAUGUGAGAGGGGCUAUAUAGCACUAGCUUGGACUAGUUCAUCUUUUGCUUUGUAGGAUAUAUAUAUAUAUAUAUAUAUAUAUAUAUAUAUAUAUAUAUAUAUAUAUAUAUAUAUAUAUAUAUAUAUAUAUAUAUAUAUAUAUAUAUAUAUAUAUAUAUAUAUAUAUAUAUAUAUAUACUGUAUAUAUAAUUCUUGUAAUCUUGUAGUGGCUACAUAUAUGAACAUUUAUGUCUUAUAUGUAUACUAUACCACGUCUUUCUUUGGGUGGUGCAGUACGGUGUCAACUUUACCUUUGAAUAACUUUUGUAAUGAAUUGUAGAUUUUUAUUGAUCAUGAUUGCAGAUUUUGCAAAUACCUUUGAUGAAAAUUGAUAUACUGUACUGUAAUAUGUCUUGCAGAAGAUGAUAGCUUUGACUCUUUUCAGCAUAAGGUAGGAUAUACUGUAUACUGGUAUUAGUUUUGUUAUGCUCCCUGUGUAGCUGAAGUAUAUAGUAACUGUCGUGGGGGAUAAGCCUUUGAGACCAGUAAGACAAGGAUAUACCAGUAGGUUAAGUUUAAUUUCUACAAAGUGUAAUGCAGUCUUCUCAUUUAGUGUUAAAGUAGGAGACUAAGAGGGUCUUGGGGUCAUGAACCAGCUAAGGUACAGGGGGCACCAAUGUAAUGAUUCAAGUUUUUCAAGACUGGCAAAUUUCCAUUCUCGUAUUAGAUGGAAGUUAACAGCGUGCAUAUUCGUUAGUGGUAGACAUAAACUCUUUAAACUUUUAUAAUAUUUUUACAAGGUACUAGAAAAACAUAGACAGGUCAUUUUGAAAAGAAUUUGUCAUUUUAGCUGCUGGCUGCCCUGAAAAUGAGAAGGCUGAAAGUGGUAAUGAAUCACUAAUUUAUUACAGUAUAUGUUUCCUCAGAUGAACAUAAUUGUUUCUUAAUAAUAAGUCAUACAUAGGUGUCUCAAACUAAAUUUCAAAGACACUAUUCAUUACAUUCCAUAUUUUUUUUCUUCAGAAUACGGUACAGUAGUUGGUUCAAUUUAUGUUUUAUCUGUGAAAUGCUUAUGAUUUUUAUUUUAUAUAACUAACUACUGUAAAUUUCAUUAAAGAAUUAAUCAGUAUUAUUUAGGUGUAUAAACUCAUGAUAGUGUUAAUGUAACUUAAUAUCUCCUGUGUUUAUUAAUGUGAUAGAUGGACUUGUGUGUCCCAGUGUGUUUGUGGUCUUACUCAACUUCGCAAUAUUAGUUAUUACAUUACUUCAUCCUCUCAACGUUAAUUUAUCACGUCCAAGUAUAUAUAUUAUUUUUUAUUCCCCCUCCCCCCCUUUUCCUCUUCCUUCUCCUCUUUAUUCCCUUCUUUAUUUUUAUCUGUCAUUUCUGCUUCUCCUGCUUCACCACCAUCACCCCACAUCCCAGAAUAUCACCAUUACCAUUAUCACCACCAUGAUUAUUUACCAUCAUUUACCUCUCACCACCACUCCACAUCCCUCACCAUCACCACUUCACAUCUCUCACCAUCACCACUCCACAUACCUCACCAUCACACUGUAUAUUUUGUAAAACGGAGAUUUUUACACGUAUCCUUCAUCGAUCAUUACCAACAUUAUGCAAGAACCAGCACACUGCAAACUCUCUACACCCGGUAAUUUUUUUUUGUUUUCAUGGCUUUUGUUUAUCCCUUUUGUAGGUAAUUACAAGUGGCACAAUGUACAGCUUUAAGUGUUUUAUAUAUACUGUACUAUAUGUUCUGUAGAAUACUCAAAUAACAUUGAUGUAAUAUCUUUUGCUUUAGCCCACAAUGCCUCCCCCUUUUUUUAAUACUCAUAUAAGUUUUUCUUGUAAUGUAUCUACGGAAAUGCCGACGUGUUUAUGAUGGGGUACGGUACGGUGUUUUUGUAGCUAACAGUAAUCGGAACUGAAGCGUUCAUUAUCAUUCUCUCCGAAGAACAUUGGUUACAGCUUAACUUUAUCGUAGACAAAAAAAAAGAAUUAGUGAUAUGUUAUGUAUCCAGGUACAUAAUACAGUGGCUGCUGAAGACAGGGAGUUAGUUUUAAGUCAGAACUUCAGAUGAUAUCUUUUUAUUUUCAACUAGUCAUAGCGGGCAUACACAAGGGUCCACCUAUUUGAAUAUCUGCCUCGUUUUGGAAACUGGUUAGGAGUGGCUGGAUAUUUGUGGUUUAAAUUUUGGUCAGGUCUCUUGUUAAACUGAAUCUAACCUAACCAAAUAAACCUAAUUUAACUUAAUCUGUUUUCAAAAUGAGGCUUAGAUUCUUAAUUGUUGGACUUUGGUGCAUACUGCCAUAGUGGAGAGUCACAUAGAAGGUCAGAUGCAUAGAAGUGUUAUUACCAAGUCAUUAUUAGGCACCAUGGUGAACAACAUCAGGCUUUAGCAACUACAAGUCUGUUAAUGUAAAAUGCGACAAAAAUUGUAAUAAUAAUUUUACACAUUUAUACAUUAUUCACGUGGUGCUUCUUGUAUUAUACUAUUGUACUGUAUAAGUAUAGUAUAUUCUGGCCUGUAAUUGGUAGUGUCAAGACAUGGUACAGUAGCAUGUAAUAACUGUACAUGAAUAUCCAUAAUAAUGCAUUGUAUUGAAGAUUGUCUUUAUUAAUUUUGGGGGGUUAUGUCUCUCAUCAUGUUUAUGGGCAUAAAAACGUGUAGUAAUGGUCGUUAUUUCCGAUUUCUUAUGUUUUUGUUAUAUUUCUUGUAUAUGUCCAUAGUAAUGGUAAUUGUUAACAUAUCAUAACUUUUUUCUUCAUUUCUAUGUAUUCUGUAAGCUACAAAUUUUUCUUUCAUUAUACCUCUGAGAUGUUUGUAUCAUCAGCUUGUGUCUUGUAGCUUCUAGGAUCAUCUCCUUUCUUCCAAAAGAUUGAAACUGUAGAUUCAUAUGAUUAUUAACACUUAAGAGCACAUGUACCCUUUUAUAUUCUGUCUUUUUGUACUACUUUAUAUGAUAAAGGAAUAUGAAUGAGAA